AUGUGGGUGUGGAUACCGAUCGUCAGCUCCAUCUGUGGGUUCAUCCUCCUUGUCUGCGUGCUGGCGAUCCCAAUCGCCAUUAUCAGCAAACGCCGUUCGGCCACCAAGAAACAACAACAGCAGGUCAUGUAUUCUGGCAGCGGCACCCAGCCUGUCACGCACAACACAAUGCCGCCGCCGCCCGACUAUGCGAACAAUCCCCCGCCACCCGACUACGCAGGCGGAGGAACCAAGGACCCAAACUAUUCACCAGUCUAA